AUGGAGGCUGCGGCGCGGAAGAUGCAGAAGCGGGUGAGGAAGGCACGGGAGGAGACGGAGCGAUGGGAUGACCUCAACUCCCGCCUCCUGUUACAGUUCUCCAAUGCCGCCGCCAUCAUCACCCGCCUUCCAGUACUUGGAGAUGCUAAAAAUUACGGUGUCCUGUGGUGUGUGCCCAACUUCAGGGAGGAUCUCUUGGGGGUGCAGAUGGAGAGCCUGGAGCUCAUAUUUGUUUCAGUGAAGGAGGCUCUGGAGGAGUUCAGUGGCAUUGCCAAAGGUUUGAGCAAGGUACUGCAUGAUGCUAAUCAGAUGGUGAGGGGUGGAUUGGCACUCACUGUGAAACAGUUGCAGUUACAAGUGGGAAUUUUGCCAACUAUUGCGGAUUGCUUGGGUGAGCUACAAACGCUGUCUGACAUGCACCAGGCUGAGUAUGCGCUGAAAUCAUCAAUCAUAUCUUUGUUGACAUGGAAAAGCAGUUCAAGUGAAAUCGCUGCAAUGCGUCAACUCUUGGUAGACCAACCAAACAUACCGAAAGAUGAAGUGCAAUCUAUUUUCGACAUUAUAUUUGCGGAUGAAAUUUGUUAA